AUGGCAAAGGCUUUAAACAAUAUGGGAAUGUCAAUAGUGGAGCCGCAUGAAAGAAUACGUUUCCUCUCCAAUCACGGAAAUAUGAUUGAAGUGGACGCUAAUAUGCCAGUUACACGAUACUAUCGUUCCGGCACAGAAAUGCUUCGCAUGGCAAAUGUUUACCUUACCGAGGGUAAUCAUGAAAACGCAUUUAUUUUGUAUAUGAAAUAUAUGACGCUAUUCAUAGAAAAAAUACGCUCCCAUCCGGAAUAUCCAAAAAUUAAAUCCGAGGUAAAAUUAAUUAACAAACGUAUUAAGGAAGAAAUUAUGCCGACAACUGAGAAGUUGCGAGCCAAGCUACUCGAUCGCUAUCAAAAGGAAUAUGAACAGUUUCUAGCGAAUAAGGAGGCCGAGAAAGCGCGAGAAUUAGAGCGUGAGCGUCAGAAACGUGCUGCGGGUUCUGCCGGCGGAAGUAGCAGUGGUUCAGGAGCAUAUAUACCAACUAACCUACAUGUGCAAAUAGAUCCGGGUAUGCACCCCAGUGCACCCGACUUGGGACUACUUGAUAAGGUAGUUUAUCCUAACGAUUUCCCCGCUAAUACGAAUCGUACAAGUUUGCCUAAUUCAGGUCUGCUUAUGCCUGGCGAUUUGGACAAAGAAGGCGGAAAAUCCAUCAGCAAGCCACCCAGUUUCGAUCGCAGCCAAAAGCCUCAAUACGAACGUUCUGAUUCUCUACUGGCGGGCUCAUUGAGAACAGUCGUCAUACCUGAUAAUACAAUGGAGGUGUUCUUGCAGCUAGCGCAAGGCAAUACAUGGAAAAACAUCGAAACUUGUGGUAUUCUAGCUGGACAUUUGGCGCAGAAUCGUUUGUUUAUAACACAUGUCAUAAUACCAAAGCAACAGGGCACGCCUGAUAGCUGUAAUACAAUGAACGAGGAAGAAAUAUUCGAUGUACAAGACCAGCAAAAUCUUAUUACGCUCGGUUGGAUUCAUACUCAUCCCACCCAAACAGCAUUCCUUUCAUCGGUGGACUUACACACGCACUGCUCGUAUCAGAUGAUGAUGCCAGAAGCAAUAGCCAUCGUUUGUGCACCCAAGUAUCAAACGACCGGAUUUUUUAUAUUAACUCCGGAUUAUGGUCUUGAUUACAUUGCUCAAUGCAGACAAACUGGUUUUCAUCCACAUCCUAAUGAGCCUCGUCUAUAUAUGGAGUCACAACAUAUUCAGCUGGAUUCACAAAAGAAGAUACAAGUGGUCGAUUUGAGAAGAUAGUAUGUAGAGUUUUAUGUUUGAAGAUGCCUUAUUUUAUAUGGUAAUGCAGUGGCAGGGAAAGGGUCGCUGAGCGAAUUUAAAUCAACAAAUGUGAAUGACAUUACUGACCGUUAUUUAAAGAAAAAAUAUGGUAAUAUCAAAUGAGAACUGUUCUAUGAAAUCGCAAACAAAAUUACCAACUUAAAUUAGUAAAUAACGGAAAAUAAAUUAAGGAAGAGUAAAUUUAUUGUUCGACGAACUUAAUAAACCUAAACUGAUUCAAAAAAUCACUUACAGCUUUGGGAAAAAGGUUAUCAGAAAGUAGUAUAAAAUACCUUACUAUGGCGCAUUUAAUAAGCGCUGCCAGCAUAAAUACAUAUGUAUGUUUGAGGGAAGAAAAUGUAUUUUUGAAAAAUGAAAUAGUUCCUUUGUAAUAAAUCGAACAAAUAUGCAUACAUACCAACACAUAGUAUAUGCGCACUUUAAAGCUUUUGAGAAUUUGCAGUUGUCGGAGCAAAGCAUAAAUUACUUUAUUAUGCUGUAAGGCAAUAUUUUUUUUAUAUACAUAAAUAUAUAAGAGCUCUUCGAAAGCGUAGAAACAUAUUUAUCAAAUUUAUAUUCGCUCCCAGAAAACUAUAAAUAUAUAUCUAGCAAAAGUAUUUUUCGAAAGUUUUUUGCUGAAAAUGAAAAUGAAUAGUUGUACAAGAAGUGAGCAUGUUAUUGACCCCUAUUUACUGCUUUGGCACUUAAAUUUAUGUUUAUUUAUUUGGCUAAAAAAA